UACCCGCAGUUUGACGCAUUUUACUUCAAAUCGACAAAUCAAUAGGAUUUCACUUAUAUUUAGUAAUAAGAGAAUUAACAUAGAGGCUGAUAAGAAUGAAAGCGAAGCAAAUGUUUUUUUUUUCUAGUCGAAAGUUAGAGCUAAAAAAUCUAUUUAAAAAUGAGAACGUAAAUUAAAUUGUUCUCCAUAAUUUGUAUGAGUAACAUUUUGUAAUUGCGCUUCUCAUCUCGAAUUAAUUUGUCCGUGUAAACAAUUUUCUACAAAAAUAGAUUUAAAAAACAGAGUAAUUAAAAUAAACUGGCAGCGAUUGAUUUUGCGAAAUUAAAUGUGUCUGACUUUUGAAAUCGGAUAUUAAUUUAAUGACGUUUAAUUAUUUUCCUGCGCAGCAGGAAAUAUAAUUACCGUGCGAAUUCAGUGAUUUUUUCUCUUUCCCUACGAUACAAUUUCCCUUGAAUAUUUCAUCAAGUUACAAGUCCAAAUUAAAAUUCGAAUUUGUCAUAAUGAUCCAGGAUCUUGAGACAUCCCGAUAGGUUUUGAGUUUUGCAAUAACCGGCCGUUAAUCUAUUUGUUUCACAAAGAUUAUCUCUAUCGUAACGUGCCAUUAUCGAAUAAUGAAAUUCCGAGAAAGCAACAUGCAAUUCCGUUAUAUCACGUCGUUAUUAUAUGUUCAACGAGAGAGCCUCUCAUUUUGCGAGAGGCGCGUUAGAUGUGCCGUCUUGCUGUAGUAUCGAUGUGUAUAUACCACUGGCUAACGAGCGUAAACGAUGCCAGGUAGUUACGUAAAACGAAGGACACGGGUUUUGAUGUUCGCCAUCGAUAUAGGCUUCCGAUGCUUGUUCAAUUCAAACGGCCUCACCGUGGGAAACACUGUUAACGCUGUAACAGGAGUUGGAACAUUUCGCGGCCGCGUUAAAAAGAUUUCGAUGGACCCUUACGCAGACUUAUUUUUGUUUAUAACAAAAUCUUUCCCAUAUUUAUCCCUAAUUAAUCCUAUUCUUCUUUAAAUUUCGAUUUUAUUUGAAAAGUGAUUCUGGUACCGGCCGACGAACUGUACUCGCACUUUCCUCUGAACCAUACCAAUCGCGCAAAUGAUCCUCCAGACAAUUUAAUAUUACAUUUUUAACGCUAGCAAAGCUCGACUCCGUAAGUGCCGUGCACUUUUGUAGCGAUAACACGAUGUGACGACAACGAAGGCCGAAAUUGUGUCAACGGUGAGCGAGCGUCGCACACUUGUGGGCGGCGCGGAACAUCCCAGGUAAUCGUUUGCCGACCUCGCCAUCGUUCUUUUUUCUUUCUUUCUUUCUUUUUUUUUUUUUAUUUAACGACAAUGCCGGUGAAUGGAUGGUCGCGCGGUGCCAGUGUAUUUACCCAGCCGCAUCCGAUCGUUCGAUCGCACAGGCGGGCGGAUGGAAUGCCCCUCUGCUCUUCCUCGUCGUAUCCGCUGGUUGUGGCACGGUGUGCACCGGCGAUUGCUUUUCAUUUCGUUACGUGUUCGCCCCGCAGUCGCAUCACGGUAAGCCGGCACGCUGGCAGAAGGACGGAUGUCCAUCGAGAGUGAAUCGCGAGCGCGGCUCGACGAGACGCUCUCAUGAGGCUGAAGCCGCGCGUCAGGAGGUGCUCCGAUCUCUAACCCGCCCCGGCGAUGCACGUCCCAGCUAAGUGUGACGAUCUCUGCUAGGAGAGUUCAAUGACGGAUCGGCGUUUGCACAAGAGCGUGAGUGAACGCUUCCAAAGUACAAAGAACAAGGGGCUUUUUAAACGAGUGCAAGAUCCCGAUGAGAUUCUUUUCUUCUUUUGCUCGAGGAGUACGAGUCCUUGGGAUGUGGGAAUUUAUUUGUCUUUACGGUACAUCAGUGGCGCGAUUAGAAGCAGGAGAUGCCGUUCCGGAGCUAGAGCAAUCUCGGAAACACCUGCAAAACGAUCUCUCGCAAUUUGGUCUUGUCCCGUGUUGUAUGCAGUGCAAACAUACAAGAUGACGUUAUUGCGUUUCGCCGGCAUAAUUUUCGCCUGCUGCCUCGUUUCAAGCACAGGUCAGUCUCAGAGUUGUCAGAAUCAAGAUACGGGAUGGGAAAAAAUCGCCGGAGCCAAACCAGCAAAUGCUAUAGAGACAGUAUUUUACAGAAACGGUAUUACAUCCAUAGGUAACAACGGUAUCAUCGUGCCUUGCUUUGAAAGGUGUAAAAGUCUGAAUUGUACAGCUUUCGUAGUUGACUUUGCGAGAAAUAUUUGCUAUAGCGUGCAGGUAAGGAGCGAGGAACUUAUUCCCGAAACAAAUGCCACAUUUUUCCAUCAGAUGUGUAUUAAAGUUCCAUCGAGCUGCAAACAACAGAAACUGUGGCAAGUAGAAAGAACAUUGGGGGCUGUUUUAAAAGAGGGGCAGUCCGGUUGGUUUCAUGAAGCAUUAAGGAGAAGUGAAUGUUAUGAGAGGUGUCUACAAGCAGGGGACGAAUGUGCAUCCGCGCAAUAUCGUACGGGUGAGCCUUUGUCAAUCAACGAUACCAUUGGCACGUGUUCGUUAUCGAAGCUCGAAAGGGGAACCAGACCGCAAGCCUACAGAUCGUCGAUGUAUCGCGACGAGUAUUUGCAGGAUCAGUGCCAUAACAUAACGAAGAAGAGCUAUUGUUCCUACGCAGAAUUUCGAAACGUGUCGUUGCCAUAUUCGGACAUAGCGUUACCGGGACUGGACAUAAAGCAGUGCGAGGAGAGGUGUGACCGCAGUGCAGAUGGUUUCAUAUGCAGAGCCUAUACUGUCGAUUAUUCGGAGAACAGGUCGCUCUGCCUGCUACACUCCGACACCACAAUCGGUCUUGGAGUCAGCUCGUUGGUGGCCAGACCUAACGUAAUCUACAAGGAACAGGAGCCUUGUAUAGAUCUAAAAGUAGAGUGCAGCGAAUCAACCAUGACUAUCAUACUGACCACUGCGGAGCCCUUCGUAGGGCGGAUGUACGCGAGUGGUUACGAAGACAAUACCUGUAGCGUUAAUGGCGUUGGCAACAACGUGACAAUAUUAAAAUUGCCGCUGCCAAAAAAAGAGCAGAUCGACAAGCCCAUCAUUGCGUGCGGUCUUAAACCUGCGUUUUCCAUCGACAAGGAAAAUCGGACGCACACGUUUGUUUGGGCCACCGUUGUGAUACAGUACAAUCCAAUCAUCCAGCGAUUGGGAGAUCAAUCGGCGAGAAUCGGAUGCUCCUUAGAUGAGACCGGUCUUCCGGAACCGAGAAACGUGACCAUUCAUUCCAAUUUCUCUUUUGUCGAUCCAAACGCAGGCGUACCGCCGGUUGGGUCAAUUGUAGUGAACGUAUCGUCCGAGGCGCCAGUGGUAACGAUGAGGAUUCUCAACGAAGACAAUACAAACGCUGUCGUUACCCAAUUGGGACAGAAAUUAACACUCAGAAUUGAAAUCCAUCCCGUGAACGGAACUUAUGAUAUCGCAGCUGGUCACCUUGUAGCUAGUAGCGCAUCUGGAGAAUCCUCGUACCUUCUUCUCGACGAAAUUGGAUGUCCGACGGAUCCGGCAACCUUUCCUGCGCUAUUGAAGGAUCCGAUCGAUAAUCGUUCUUUGAUCUCAAUAUUUACUGCCUUCAAAUUUCCCGACAGUCAAAUUGUCCGAUUCAACGUCAUCGUUAGAUUUUGUAUCGAGGAAUGUGAACCGGCCAUGUGCAGAGGAGGACAGCCCUCGUACGGCAGGAGGCGACGAUCGAUCGAGGAGCCGCAGGUCACUGCUGAGGUAACAGAAAUUUACAGAAACCUCACGCCCGCGGAAUUACCGUUACAACUAUCUAUCGUCGUUCAAAGUCCAGUGGUAACGGCGGGCCAUUUAUCCAGAGAAAAUCCUGAUACGCUUUUGAUCACCGGUGGAAAAUCUGCAGAUAGCCUCUUCUGCGUGGACGCGAGUCUAGCCCUAGGUCUUUUAAUAUUUUGGUUAAUAAUCCAGAUUGUACUCACCGCCGGUUGCAUUAUAGCAGUUCGUCGUUACAGAAGAAUGGCCGUAGAGGCCGAAGAAGACAGAGCUGAGAUAUUAGCGAGACAUCUUUAUGGGAUUCACGGAGGAAACUUCGAAAUCGCACGUAGAGUCAGAUGGGCCGACCGAAACGAUUCCUCGAUCGGAUGAUUAUAGAUUCUCUUCUUCGAUUUUCCAGAUGUGAAAACAAUUUAGGUAUUAUAUAUAAAUUGAUGUAAAAUGUCUUAAAUAAGGUUGAAAAAAUGUUUUACUCUCAUAAUAUAAUUUUUAAGUCAUAAAAUUUUAAAUUAAUUACUCUUGUUUUUGCAUAUAUUUUAUUUAUAUAAUAGGGAAUAAUUUUAUCAAUUUGUUUUUUAAGAAAUUCAAGUCAGUAAUUUUAUUUGAAAAGAAAUGAUUUUUUUGCAUUAAUUUGAUAUGUGUAUGUCUAUAUUCACAAAUGGAUUUUAUAGCAUGUUUAUAAAUACUAUAAAAUUUAUUUGUAUAAUUCGUUUGAUGUUAGUAAUAUUAAUUCUAAAACCACAUUUAAGUUAUAAAGACUAAAGUGAAAAUUAAGUCAAUAAAUUAUUAUUCUCGCAUAAGAGCAAAUGAAUAUUUGUUGAACGUAUUACAUAUUAUACAUUGCGAUAUGUAAAUAUGUUUAUUUUUCUUACGUUUGCCAGUCUUUCAUUAUUAAAACAUUCAUAUAAAUUCACAAAAUUUCAUAAAACAUUUAUAUUACCAUGAAUUAUAUUGUAUAAUAAAAUUUGUAAGUUAUCCAGUUCUACUUGUUGAGCAACGUCCAUAAUAAUUUAAUGCCACUUCUGUAAAUAUAAAGUAUUGCGUAUUAAGCAUUUUAAUGAGUUCACAAUUGCACUGCCUUAUACUGUGUAGUUAUACAUAUAUGUAUAAGUAUAUAUGUAUAUGUAUAAGAAUUUUUUAUCAUUUUAUAUAUUUUAUAUGGCAAAGAUUGUUAAAUGUAUAGUUAUAUGCUUGACAAAAUAUAUUACAAAAUCCAUUAACGCUAAAAUGAAAAUUUAGAAUUCAGGAAAAUUAUUUUUUCAAUCUUGUGUAAUAAAAAAAGAAAAAAUUUCUUAUCUAAGUUUAGUUUUUUUGUAUCUAAUUUGCAUUUAGAUUUGCUACAUAAAUACAAAUAUUUACUCUAAACAAUAAUAAUAAUAAAGAUAAAUUAAAAAAAUAGAAGAUAAAGAUAAAGUAAUUUGCGUGUCUUGUAAUUGGCUAAAAAUUAGCCAAAUCAAUUGUACUAGCGUUAAACAAAGAAAAUUUUGUUGAAAUUAUUUCUGUCAUUCUGCUAGAAAGCUCGUUUUAUGUUGUUACCAUAGAUAUCUUUCAUGGAGUAAAAUAAAUACAUCUGUUAUAAAUACAA